AAUAGCAUAACCAGAAUGAAGCUAGGCUCUACGAUCACGCAUCCCUUGUUACGUCACGUCAAAAAGACGGGCGGAAUUCCCGCCCUUGUGCGACAAACAGAGAAAAUUUUGUUUAUGUGUGUUAUUAUAUGUAAACAAACAAAAAAACAGGCAAACGAGAUGUCGAACCACGGAGGCAAACGUAAAAAACAAAUUUGGGAUUACUUUAUAAAAACCGGCCAGAACGCCAAGUGUUCCUUAUGCGAACACGUAUUAAAAAUAAGUCAGCGAUCGACAACCGGCUUGAAAUAUCAUUUAAAAUCGAAACAUUUCGUAGAUCUUGCAAAUUCCCAAGCAGCCGAACAAGAGCCUGGGCCGUCGACUCCGCAGGACGCCUCUUUGAAGACGGACAAUCAACUAUACGACGACGACGAACCCAGAAAUAAAGUUCCCAAAAAGUAUACUCUUGAUAACUGCUUAACAAACGAACACUCCAGAGAAGUCAUGAUCUCGAGAAUGGUGGCUAAAGACGGCCUAACUUUCAACUGUCUAAGUGCGUCCGAGGACUUAAAAUAUUUAUUCACGAAAAACGGCCUAAGUCUUCCGACGUGCCCUGACGCAAUUAAAACUAUUGUCGAGAAUUUUUCGAUGACCGUCAAAGCGGAAAUGAUAAAAACGCUCCAAAAUCUCAAAAUACGCGGAGAGAAAUUUUCAUUGGGAUUCGAUGAAUGGACAACAAUUACUUGCAAGCGAUAUUUAAAUGUUAAUGUCCAUCAUUUAGGGGGAACGCAUAUCAAUCUAGGACUGAUUCGGAUCCACGGCUCUUGCAACGUUGAGCAAUGUGUCGAGCUAGUCAAGACGAGACUAGAAGCGUUUAUUCUUCAUCUUGACACUGACAUUGUCGGUAUCACAACCGACGACGCGAGCGUCAUGAAGAAAGUUGGAAGACUGUUGAGUUGCUACCAACAACUGUGUUUCGCUCACGGCAUCCAACUGGCCGUAGUCAACACCUUGUAUAGAGAGGAAGUCCCGCAUACUCAACAUAAAGAUAAAUUACUAGCCGCUUGUUAUUCAGACGAUGACGAUUCCAGCGAGGAACCAGACUCAUCCUAUACCCAUUUCGAACAGCCUCCAGCUGAACUGAUACCCAAUUACAGGGGCCUCAUCGAUAAAGUGAGAAAGGUUGUGAGGCUUUUCCGUAAAUCCGCAACGAAGGAGGCCUGUCUGCAGAAGUACGCACGAGAAGACCUCGGCAAGGAAUACGGUCUGAUCCUCGACUGCAGAACAAAAUGGAGUACCCUGUACGACAUGCUGGAACGCUUCAAAGUUCUCAAAGGCUGCACGACUAAAGCUUUGAUUGAUGUUGAAUCAGAAAUCACAUUCACCGAAGACGAGUGGGCUGAUAUUAAAGAUUUACUGCUCAGUUUGCAGCCGCUGAAAUUGGGCGUGGAAGUCCUGUGCAGAAGGGACUCUACCCUCCUAACGGCUGACACGACACUCAGAUUCAUAUUGGAGAAGUUGGACAAGCAACAGAGCAGAGUGAGCGGAGAUCUCGCCACCGCCCUGCGGAUGAGGAUAAAGGAACGGCGGACCGACUUAUCCGGUAUCGUUCUCUAUCUCCACAAUCCAAAGAAGUACGAGAAAUCAGUAAAAAGUCCCGAGGACACGUUUUUAUUGCCGAAAAAGAAUCGUAUCCGGCUUGAGCUAAUAAAGAUAUGCGAGAGGCUGCUGACAGUCAAGGAAGAUACAGGCAGGGCUGAGGGUGAGCAUUUCGAUGACGAAGAAGACAAUUCAUCAGACGAAGACAUAACGCUUCGAGACGAACUGGAAACCGAAUUGAGGAAACAGAAAAACGAAACUUGCACUGUGAUUGCGCCGAUAAAAAGUCAAAAUUUCGAGAAGACAAUCAAGGCUGAAAUGGUUGAAUAUGAAAACAAGGGUAUCAAGGGUAAACAUCUGACCAUGGUGCACAAAUAUCUGAACACCAUAAGCCCUACAAGCGUCGAGGCGGAGCGCGCCUUCUCCGUCACCGGAUACGUAUGUAGUCCCAUAAGGAACAAGAUGACGGAUAGGACUUUGGACACUAUCUGUUUUCUGCGCUCAUACUUCCAGAACAACAAGUAACUUGGAUGUGUCUCCGCAUACUCAUCAUUAUCAAAGACUUAAUAUCUGGACUUUUGUAAUGUUAUAUUAAUUUACAUGUGCAACUCUAAACUAUUUGACGAUAUAUUGUGUUCAAUCGAGUACUUAUAUAUUAUAAUAACUAAAUAAUCUUUAGUGAUAAAUCCAUUUUAACUUAUAUACAUUGAUCUCUUUAAUGUCUAGUCAGUUCUAAUUCUUUUCAUUGUUUAUAAGUAGUAAGUAGAGACUUAAUAAUAAAUAUACAAUUUCUUCUGUAGAAGCAUAGUAAUAAAUGUAGAGUAUCUUCUAUAAAAUACGUAUACGUGAGAAAAUGAUUGAAUGGGCUACAGAAAGAAGCAUGUUGCAUUAGAAAGACGCACAAAUAUGACUGAUAUUGUAAUCUGCAAUUGACAUCUGAAGUCGAGAUGAACUCAUUACUUUGCUAUGGUUAAGAAAAAUUGAGCUCAAAUGUAUCGGAGAGGUAGUAUUAGGAGUAGAGGUUGUCAGGUGUGAAUUAAGUUUAGUGCUGACAGAAAGCCAUGGAUGUAGAACGGAAGCCUAUACUGACAGGUUCACUAAAUUAUAGGACAUUCUUUAAAUUUAUAGUUUGUAUAAAUUAAAAUUGUAAAUUCGGAAAUUAAGGUAAUUUUAUUUUACUUUUAAAUAAGAACGUGAUAUUAUGUUAUUUGUCGGCAGAUUUCUCUUGACGCUUAAGUGAUAGUUAAUUAAGUUAGUUUUUAAUGUAUUCAAUACUUAUCUCUAUGACUUUUAUGUACCAAAGAUUAUUUAAAUUUCAUGUGAUUAAAUAAAGACAUUCCACGAGAAGAUAA